GCUCUAUUCAAAACUCAGUUGUGUGACACCUUACAUACACCCUGAUGGCCACAGUGUUACCAUUACUUGCCUCUAGAGGGCAGUAGCAGUGCUUGGAUUGUUCUAACCUGCCGUAAAUAGGUCACACGAAGAAGCCUCCGGACCGACCAAUCCCCAUCUGAUCCCCAUGCAAUCUCUAGCUAGUAAUGUCACCGGUUGUAAACAAGUUGUGAGCUCAGUCUCCACAUCGUAUGUGACGCAUUGGGCCUGUCGAUUCACUACACAGGUGGAGAGCUAAGUUGGCUACUUUUCGAGAUGGUGCUGCUGCACGUGAAGCGUGGAGAUGAGAGCGUGUUUCUGUUCAACACCACCGUGGACUCUCCUCUGGAGACGGCGAUCCAGCAAAUAGCAGCCAUCUACAACGGGAGGCUCAAAGUGGACAGAAUAUGUGCAGAGAUCCCAGAGCUGGCCGACCAUGGCGUCACAUUGCCCCCCAACAUGCAGGGGCUGACCGAGGAGCAGGUUGUGGAGCUGAAGCUGAAGGAUGAAUGGGAGGACCAGUGUGUGCCCAGCGGGGGGAUGGUGUUUAGGAAGGAUGAGAUGGGGAGGAGGAACGGACACGCUCCAAAUGAUAAGAUGAAAGAGGUGUUGAUGAGAACCGUUGAGGAGGCAAAGGCGCUGAUCUCCAAAAAACAAGUUCAAGCUAAUGUUUGUUUCACCAUGGAGAUGGUAAAGGAAGCCCUGGAUCCGCUACGGGGUGCGGUCAUGAUCGUGUACCCCAUGGGGCUGCCUCCUCAUGACCCCAUCAGGAUGGAGUUUGAGGACCAAGAAGACCUUUCAGGAACACAGGCUUCUCUGCAGGUGAUCGCAGAGGACGAGUGCCAGCUAUGGUGGGCUGGCAAAGAGAUGCAGAGGGGGAAAAAACUGCAGGACUACAUUGGCAAAAAUGAAAAGACCAAGCUUGUGGUCAAAAUCCAAAAGAAAGGGCAGGGGCAACCGGCGAGAGAGCCUCUGGUCACUGAUGAGCAGCAGAAACAGAUGAUGAUGCAUCAGUACAGGAGGCAGGAGGAGCUCAAGAAACUGGAGGAGGCGGACGACGAUAGCCACCUGGACUCAGAGUGGACAGACAGACAGGCCCUCAGGAAACAGUUUCAAGGCCUCACCAACAUCAAAUGGGGACCGAGAUGAGCACCUCUACCUCUAUGCCGCCUGGUCCUUUACAGCUCUGUAUGCAACUGACUAAGCAGCCUUAUUAUCACAAUCCUGAAAUCGGUUUAAUGUGGCUGUUGUUCUAGGUCUUUUUAAAUUAUACACAGCAGAUGUGUUCAAAUGCCUUGGAGAGCAUGUGUUUCUAGACUCACACUUAUAAAUUUUCUUCAACUGAACUGAAAUGUGAAGAAGACAUCUGGGGACAUUGUAUGACGGACGGAGGCCGAUGUCAUUAUUUACGUGAUUUAAAUCUGAUGCCUGUAUUUCUUUACCAGAUGUUUUCAACCUGUUGUAAAAGUUACAUUUUUAUUAAAGAUGUGAAAAAAUAAUUAUAUUUAAAUUUAAUCUUAAGUAAAAGAAUAAUUUCCAAUACAGCCUGUGCAUAAACAAUGGUGAAACAUUUUUGUAUUAAUGUUGUGUUGACAAUCAACAAAUGCUCAGAGGUAGUGAGUCAACAGGAGCACAG